UUUCUUGAUCAUUGAUGAUGAUCAUUGAUAUACUUGUGAUAUAUUGUGAAGGUUGUUCGUUGUUUUUGAUUGUUUUUAUUCGUUUCGUUUGUUGUACAAAAAUCCAAAAAAAUGUGGCUGCAAUUAUCAUCGAUAACAUUGUCAUCUAAAUCUAUUAUUCAAAUAUCCAGAAGAUUAUAUCAUCCGGUUAAAGGUAUUUUCGGUAAUACACAUCCAUUUCGUUUAGAUAUUGAUCAAUGGUCACAACAUAAUGAUGAUGAACGAUUACCUGCUUCAUAUCAAUUAGUGAAACAAGCAUUUCAAAAACGUGGUCAUCUUUUCUGUCAAUUAGAUCCAUUAUCAUUAGCAAAUUUUAUUAAUAAUGAACACGUCAACAACAUUGCCAAUAAUUUUCAUCAAUUUUCACAGAAAUUAAGUCCCGUUCUAGGUGUUAAUCUAGAUAAAUUUAUUGAACAAGAAUCAACCAUAUCAUCAAUAGAUAAAAAAGAUUUCAUUCUUCAUCAAUUUGAUUUGUAUUGUGGAUUGAUUGGUUUUGAAUUCAAACAUUUAUUAUCAUUGGAUGAACAAAAUUGGUUUGAACAACAAAUCGAAAAUGAACAUAAAAAUCAAUUACAAUUUGAUAAUCCUGAAACGGUGGCAAAAGAUUUAUUAAUAACUGAAGCAUUGGAUCAUUUUCUUGCUCGAAAAUUUCAAUCAAUAAAACGUUAUGGUUGUGAAGGUGCAGAAACAAUGAUUAUAUUUGUUGAUGAACUAUUACGAUUAUUACGACAAAAUCAUAAUGAAGAUGAUAAUAUUAAUGAAAUUGUUAUUGGAAUGCCACAUCGUGGUCGUUUAAAUUUAUUAGUAAAUAAAUUACAAUAUCCAAUCGAAGCAUUAUUUCAUAAACUAUCUGGUGGUGAAGAAUUUGAUUUUCAACAAAAUCGUAAAUCAAUGAUAAUUGGUGAUGUUCUUUCACAUCUUUAUACGCAAAUUGAAUUGGAUAAAAAUCUAAUGGCAACAUUAUUACCAAAUCCAUCACAUCUGGAAGUUGUAGCACCGGUAGUCUGUGGCUAUAGUCGUGGUCAGAUGAUGGCUAAACGUAUUGGACCAUAUUCAUAUUCGGAUAAAAAAUCAAUUUUAUCAAAUAUUUUACCAUUACAAAUACAUGGUGAUGCAUCAUUUACCGGACAAGGUAUCAUAAUGGAAACAUUAGCAUUAGCAAAUGUUGAACAUUAUUCCACAAAUGGAUCAAUACAUCUAGUGGUUAAUAAUCAGGUUGGCUAUACAACUCCUAGCCGUAUGCAUCAAUCACGUUCAUCAUUAUAUUGUACGGAUCCAGUAAAAAUGAUUCAUGCACCAGUGAUUCAUGUUAAUGGUGAACAUCCAGAUUUAGUUGCACGUGCAGCACGUUUAGCCUAUAAUUAUCGACAAACAUAUGGUAAAGAUAUUGCAAUCAAUCUUGUUUGUUUUCGUCGUUGGGGACAUAAUGAAUUGGAUGAUCCAACAUUCACUAAUCCACGAAUGUAUGAAAAAAUUCAAUCAAGAAAAUCGAUUCCACAUUCGUUUGCUAAAAAGAUCAAUAUGACCGAUGAAAAGAUUGGUGAAAUUAUUGAUGCAUAUAAUCAGAUGCUUAAUGAAUCAUUAGGACGAAUGAAUCAAUAUAAACCACCAUCAGUAUCAAUGAUCAUAUCGAAUGAAAAAAGCGAAUGGAAAAAUAUACAAUGGCCAAGUAGUGAUCAUAUAACUAAAUGGGAUACAUCUGUACCUGAUUCAAUAUUAAAACAUAUUGGUCGUGUUACAACACAAUCACCUAAUGAUUGGAAUCUGCAUAAAACAUUGAAAAAAGUUUUUGAUGAUCGUUCAGCUAGAUUUAAUUCGGGUAAAAAUUUUGAUUGGGCAUUAGCUGAAACGCUUGCAUUCGGUUCAUUAUUAUAUCAAGGAUAUGAUGUACGAAUAUCUGGCCAGGAUGUUGGCCGUGGUACAUUUAGUCAACGACAUUGUAUGAUUGUUGAUCAAUUGACCAAUGAUGUUCAUAUUCCAUUGAAUAAUCUAGCUGAUGAACAUCAAAAUUAUUUACCAUGGAAAAAUGAUCAUAUUGGUCAGCUUGAAGUUUGUAAUUCAAUUCUUUCCGAAGCGGCUGUUAUGGCUUAUGAAUAUGGUUUUAGUUUGUCCACUUCAAACGUAUUGGCCAUUUGGGAAGCACAAUUUGGAGAUUUUUUCAAUUGUGCUCAAUCAAUUAUUGAUACACUUGUUUCAAGUGGUGAAGGCAAAUGGCUAUUACAAAGUUCAUUAACAUUAUUAUUACCCAAUGGUUAUGAUGGAGCUGGACCAGAACAUACUUCAGCUCGAUUAGAAAGAUUUUUACAGCUUUGUAAUUCAUCGGAAACAGAAAUCGAUUCGGAUAACAUUAAUUGGUCGAUAAUAUAUCCAACAACACCGGCACAAUAUUUUCAUUCAUUACGACGACAAAUGAUACGUCCAUAUCGUAAACCAUUAGUUGUAAUGGGACCGAAAAUGCUACUUCGUCAUCCACGUUGUCAAUCAAAUAUUGAAGAUUUUUCAUUAGAAAGAUCACAUUUUGUUUCAGUAUUGGAUGAUCCUAUACAUUAUUCACCUACACAUUGUUUUCAGAAUGAUCCUAUCGAUACGACAAAAUCAAUUCCAAAUGUUAAAUCAAUAAUUUUCUGUUCGGGUAAACAUUAUUAUUUAUUGGAACAACAACGACAAAAUCUAUUCGGUAAUGAUCCAAAUAAAUUAUCAUCAAUUGCUAUUGUUCGUAUUGAAGAAUUAUGUCCAUUUCCAGCCGCUGAACUAAUUUCCAUUCUAAAACGUUAUCCAAAUGCAAAAAAUCUUAUAUGGAGCCAAGAAGAACAUCGUAAUAUGGGUGCAUGGACAUUUAUUCAGCCACGUUUUCGAAAUAUUUUACAUCAAUCAAAAUUACAAUAUGUUGGUCGUGGACAUUUAGAAGCACCGGCUGUAGGUUUAACUGCCAUACAUAGAAAAGAAAUUGAAACAAUUCUUAGACAAACAUUUGAUUUAUGUCAAUUAUCAAAAUGAUGAUGAUGAUGAUGAUGAUCAAAACAAAUCAGAAAAACCUUUGACCUUUUUUUUCUGUCA